AAAUAUUAAAUGCAAGCAAAUCCAGCUAUACAUACUCCAGCAAAAAAGAAUUGUAAUUUUGAGGUUGAAGGGAGAGCAGAUGGAGAAGGGUAUUUAAUUAAUAAUAAAAAUCAAUUAAUAAAGAUAUUUAAGUUAAAAUAAUGCUAUGUUUGGAAUAAUUGUAAUAUAAGAAUGGUGGGGUUUGAAUGAAUCAAUGGUUAAAACAACAGAUAAGAUAGCUAAGAUGGGAUUUCAAUGUAUAUCUCCAGAUAUAUAUAGAGGGAAGGUUGCUUAGAAUAGAGAAGUAAAAGAUAUAAUGUAAUAAAAAUAAUAGGAAGCAGGUCAUUUAUUAGAAGGAUUGGAUUGGUAAGGAGCAGUGAAGGAUAUAGAGGGUGCAGCAAAACAUUUGAGAGAAAGGGGAUGUAAGAAAGUAGGAGUAACAGGAUUUUGUAUGGGAGGAGCAUUAUCAAUAGCAGCUAUAUCUUUUUCUGAUUAAAUUAAUGCAGCAGCUCCAUUCUAUGGAGUAUGUGAUUUAAAUACUUUUAAAUUGGAUAAUAUAAAGGGACCUAUUUAUGGAUAAUUUGGAGAGAAGGAUGAAAUGAAAGGAUUUUCAUCUCCUGAUGAUGCUUAGAGAUUAGUAGAAGCAGGAUAGAAAGUAGGAAAGAAUGUAAAAGUUAAGUAAGUAAUUAAAUUAAUAAUAGGAUUUGGCCAGGUGUUGGACAUGCAUUUAUGAAUCAAGAUAGACCUGAAGCAUAUAAUGCCGAGGUAGCUUAAUAAGCUUUAUAAGAAGUAGCAACAUGGUUUAAAUAAGUAUUUACAUAAUAAUUAUGA